AAAUCAUUAUCAGUAGAUGCAAAUCGAUUAGAUUAACGACAGUUCACAUAAAAUGUGUAUUAGUGAAACACUUAAAUUAUUCAUUCAGUACUGUGUUUAUUUGUUAUUCCACCAUAUGUCAAUGGAUCGUUAAGGGGGUUAUAACCCAUUUAACUGAAACCCAAGAUUUACUUAGUUCUUUUACUGUCAAUAACAAAACAAUUCAUGAUAAAACAAGGUACAAGGCCAAUUAAAUCCCCGAUCUCGAUCAUUAAAAGAUAACAAUAGGCUUCUAUUAUUGAUAACAGAUUAUCCUUGUGAAGGAAUAACAGAUAUACAUGUAUAUAUAAAAAUUCUCCAAUCACACGGACUAUUUCCAUCAGGGAAUUCCAUGAUGUGUAAGGUGGCGGACUAACAUGGGAGGAGGAGCUAGUAAGACCCCCAAACAGGAGGCGCCCAAAGAAAAUAGCAGUGUGCAACCAACACAGCAGCAUGCUGACCAAACGGAGCCGGACCAGAACCAAGGUGUGUCCGUCUCCAUAAGGCCUCCCUCUGGGUACGAGGACGAACCCUCGGGGUCACGGAGAGAUUCUGACACCCCCAAUUCUCCGGCGGAGGGAUAUCGGAGUGAUCGGGUCAGCGGGGGCAUUCUCGAUCCCCUGCAGGAAAACACCAAAGAUGCGGCCAAUAUUCCUGUUAACGAGACUGGCUACCCUCCACCCAAACCAGCUGUCAACCGGAAGUCCGACAUUUUGAGACCUGCUGACAUCGCGGAAGGUGACAAAAGAGCGAAACAGAUCAAACCUGGAGACGCCAACACAUUUGAAGACCUAGCUUACCUCCUGACGAAAGGGAUGGCACGUGAUGUCCAGCAAAUUCGGGCUAUCUUCUCCUGGGUCGUUACACAGAAUGUUCAAGAGAUUGAAUUCCCCGCAAACGUUAUCCUGGAUUCUCACAUGGACAUACUGAGACGCAUGAGAGAUGGGCAGUCGUCUUAUACCACUCUUUUUACAUUACUCUGCCGAGCAGCACAUAUCCCUUGCGUCAUAAUACACGGAACUGCAAAGAGCGCUGGAUAUGAAGUUGGUCAGAAGGAUUUGAAAAAUCUGCGGAACUUGUGGAACGCUGUUUUCAUUAAUGGCGGGUGGCGUUUUGUGUUUCCAUUGUGGGCGUGCCGAGCUGUAAAGGAGCAUGCACCUGGAGAUUGGACUCUGGUGGACUCAAAGGUGAACGAUAUAAGUGAGAGAAUAGACAUUGAUGAAGACAGCGUCAGUACCACCAGUGACCACUAUUUCCUUACCGACCCAGAGGAGUUCAUACACCGCUGCUUUCCAGAUAAGCCCGAUUGGCAGCUUCUGAGAACGCCCCUCACAAAGGAUGAGUUUCUUGACAUGCCCUUUCUCAUGCCGCCAUUCUUUGACUACAAAUUAAAACUUCUGACAAAACCCAAGUGUGUUCUGAAUUCUAAGGACGGGAUGUGUAACAUCUCGAUAAAGAGUCCUCAAAUCGAGGACAUGUUGAUGACCUAUGAACUUUACUAUGACGUUAGGGAGUCGGGUUCCUCCUUACCCUCCGGGGUUCCCAUGGACAGAUGUGUGGCCAUUAUGCAACAGAAAGGAAGAAUCGCUUUUAGUGUUCGAUUUCUACAUCCGGGGAUCUACCGACUCGACAUACAUGGAUCUUUGAUAGGAAAUGCUUUGUCGUUGUUAGGUUCCUUUAAGCUUGUUUGCAAUAAAACCAGAGACAACAUCAAACCCUAUCCCUGUAAUCCGGACAUCGGGUUUGGUCCGAACCUUAUAACGAACCAGUCAGGCUUAUUGUCCGAAUCACAUCACGAAAGUUUAAUUAGCUUUAACUGUAGGAGAGGGACUGAAAUAAUAUUUACAAUGUCAAAACAGAUGCAAAUUCAAACUAAACUGUUUCACCAGACGAUAGAUGGUCAACAGUUAAAGGAGUAUGUUUCUCACAGAAAGAUUGGGAACCAGCUCUGUAUCUUACUUGCAAUCCCACAGAAAGGAGAAUAUGUACUCCAGAUAAACAACAGAUGGAUGGAAGAGCCUGAAUUCCAGAACGUAUGUAACUACUUACUGGAGGCAGGGGACGGGGAGAAGAAACCACGGAACUACGAGACGCCUUCAGAAAAGAAACUAAGAUGCCAACUUCACGAGUCCCUGCGCUCUAAGGACCCUGCCUUUGUUAAGCGCGCUAUCGACCAGUUUUGUAAGUCUGGUUUAGAGGACAGCGGGGAGACCCAACAGGCCUGGGACAGACUGGUGUACCUGAAGCUCUCAAAAGGUCUGAGAGACAGCAUUAAUAGAAGAAACUUGGAGGCUCUAGAGGAGAGUGUCCAACAGGCCAAAUCCUCUAAGUUCUCCCACAAACUGCAGCCACUGAUCCAGAAAGCAGAGGAAGAGGUGGCGGAUCUAAAGAAGACGGACAAACACGCUCAUGACAUUCUAGAAAUGAACUUACUCACGGUCACAGAACUCCGCAACUACAAGACUCCCAAACCGAUAGUCCAUGACGUCAUGAAGGCCACUUUUAUCCUUCUAGGAGAGAGACAAGACUUGCUCGAGGACUGGAUGGAUGUUCAGAAUCUGAUGUGGAAGAUUGGAAAAGAAGCUCUGAUGAAGAGGAUUGAAAACUUUGACAGGGACAGUGUAGAUGAAAAAUUGGUCAAGGUGGCAGCACGAUGUCUGAAGCCUUAUGACGAGGACAUGGCGCACGCUACCAGCGCUGGAUGUGGGACUUUUUACGUCUGGGCAAACAAGAUCGUGUCCGAAUAUGCAAAUGAUGAGAAAAACGAGAAGCAACAUCAAACAUCGAGUCACUAUAAAAGUAGUUCCAAAAGAGAGUACUCCGCCACCGAUCCUUACAGCGGUGACGAAGAUGAGGGGGUGGAUAACGAACUGGACCAGUUUAGUCUUGACGGGGACGAUUCAACAGACCCUCGGGGUCGGUCCAAUCACUCCCACGGUGGGGUUAAUAACCCGGAUGAAAUUCGACAUCAUGAAGCAGAUGACGGGUACAAUUCUUGAGGCAACGGAUUGUACAAAACACCCAUAGAAAACCACAAAUAUGUAAAAGUGCAUUGUGUCAAAAUGUAUAUAAAAUGUUUACCUAAGGUUGUAAAAUUAAUGUUCUAUGAAUUAAAGGGCAAUAUGACAG